CGCCUCCCGCCCUUGCGCGGGUGCCUGUCGGUCUCUCAGAGGCGCACACUCCCCUGAGCCUCUGCCACGGCUGUCGCUUUGGCUGCGGCUCUCUAGCCUUGCGGUUCAGCCUCGGCCCCUCAGCGCGGUCUGGGUCCUCUUCCCCUCCCCUCCGCCACUUCCCUUCCCUUUCCCGCCUUUCCUUCCCACCCGGUCCACCAAAAGAGCCUGGAUACGGAGCAGGCGGGCUUGAGAAGGGGGUUAGAAAAAUGGAGGUGCCGCGCCUGGAUCAUGCCCUCAACAGCCCCACCAGCCCCUGUGAGGAGGUGAUCAAAAACCUCAGCCUGGAGGCCAUUCAGCUGUGCGACCGGGACGGGAACAAAUCACAAGACAGUGGCAUAGCUGAAAUGGAAGAACUUCCCGUACCACGUAACAUCAAAAUAAGCAACAUUACAUGUGACUCAUUCAAGAUUUCAUGGGAAAUGGAUUCAAAAUCAAAGGACCGUAUUACACACUAUUUUAUUGACCUCAACAAGAAAGAGAACAAGAACUCCAAUAAAUUUAAACACAAGGAUGUUCCAACAAAAUUAGUGGCAAAAGCCGUUCCCUUGCCAAUGACUGUCCGUGGGCACUGGUUUCUGAGCCCAAGAACUGAGUAUACAGUAGCAGUGCAGACAGCCUCAAAACAAGUUGAUGGUGAUUAUGUUGUGUCUGAAUGGAGUGAAAUUAUAGAAUUCUGCACAGCAGACUAUUCAAAAGUUCACCUAACACAACUGUUGGAGAAGGCAGAAGUGAUUGCAGGACGGAUGCUAAAAUUUUCUGUUUUUUAUCGUAACCAGCACAAAGAAUAUUUUGACUAUAUUCGAGAACAUCAUGGUAAUGCUAUGCAGCCUUCUGUCAAGGAUAACAGUGGUAGCCAUGGCUCUCCUAUUAGUGGAAAAUUAGAAGGCAUCUUCUUCAGCUGCAGCACUGAAUUCAAUACUGGGAAGCCACCCCAGGAUUCACCUUAUGGAAGAUACAGGUUUGAGAUUGCAGCAGAGAAACUUUUUAACCCCAAUACUAACUUAUACUUUGGGGAUUUCUACUGUAUGUACACUGCUUAUCAUUAUGUGAUUCUUGUUAUUGCCCCUGUGGGAUCACCAGGAGAUGAAUUUUGUAAGCAGCGUCUUCCUCAGCUAAAUUCCAAGGAUAAUAAAUUUUUGACCUGCACAGAAGAAGAUGGGGUGCUGGUUUACCACCAUGCCCAGGAUGUCAUUUUAGAAGUCAUUUACACUGACCCCGUGGAUCUUUCUCUGGGCACCGUGGCAGAAAUCACUGGUCAUCAGCUCAUGAGUUUGUCUACGGCAAAUGCAAAGAAAGAUCCCAGCUGCAAAACCUGUAAUAUCAGUGUUGGACGUUAAUGCCCCCUUUUCUUACUUUUAUUCAGCCCCUGUCCUUCUCUUAGGAGAAUUGAUCAUCUGUUGUCCAUUUUCAUCACCAGAUGUUUUCCACUAAAGCAUGCUCAUGUCGCUGGCACCAAAAGCAAACUGCCACUUUUCAAAUUUCAUUCAGAGUUGUUUUAGUGUUUCCUAUUCCCUACCUUUCCCACUACUUUCUAUGAUGAAAUAUCCUGUUCUCCUGACACUUUAUUGCCUAGAUGCUGCAAUGUUUUUAUUUGUUCUUUAUGCCAAACAUAACAGAAACAAUUAUAUAAACCGCUUUAGCAAAAUACAAAAUAACAGCUUAUAAGUGGUGUUUAAAUAUGCAUUCAUUUUAAUCUACUGAACAAAUAUUGGGAUAACUCCAAACCGCAUGAAGGGUGUAAUUGCAGCAUGAGUUAAAUCUUGAAGCCUAGAAUUGUCAGCACUUCCAACUUGUUGUUUGACAGUGUUAUUUAUGUUAUUUAUAUUAGCUAACAGGAAACAACUACUGUGUUUCAACAUAAUAAAUAUAAUAGAAAAAUAUUUUAUUUGUAUUGUAUAAAAUAUUUACAAUCAGAAUAUAUAGUUACAUUUUAAUAGCAAUUGUGUACAUGUCACGAAACCAUUUCCCUUAUCAAAGAUGUAGUUUGUAAACCUCAAAUAGUUGUGUAUCUGUCCUGUUACAAGUAGGUGACUUCAAUUAAACAAAUUUAUGAAGGA